AUGAAACGCGUAUCCAAGAACACCUCUACUGCACGGGGCGAUGCAGGAAACCCACAGCGGGCCAAACCUGCUGCUCCAAGAUCCAAACCCACUCAGGGACAGAGUUCACUUGUUAAACCAGCCUCCAACUGCAAACCAGUUGAACGUGCUGUUCAAACCGCCACUCUAACAAGACCUAAGAGACCACCCGACGUAACACAGCUCGAACAAAACGAAAACGCCGCCGAAUUCCACCUAAAGUGGCAAGACAACCGAAACGCCUUGGAGAAGUACGCCAAAUCCUUUCCAGAGACGGCUCGAGAAGGUGCUGCCCAAAGACAUAACAUGCUGCUCAGAAUUAUCGACCACUUCCAGGUCCCACAGGAGGAUGUUUCGUGGUCUAAAGACACUAUGGAGCUUCAGUGGCCAGGCAAGUUGUUCCACGUCCGCGAACUCGUGAAGCAGGGUGCCAUGAAGCGGCUUGAGAGCAUGGAGCGGCCAGAACAUCCCUCUAAGAAACGCAAGACUCUAAUCAGUGAUUACGGGCGCCUGCCUGAGUACAACAGGCCGCAGGGAGUGGGCAGCGAAGAUGUCAAUAAUUCAACAAAGAUCAUGGAUCCUACAUUGGCCAACGAAAUCCGGCAAUUGCUGGGCAACAUGAGAGUCAAGUCAGAUGUCUGGAAUGAUCUGGAGACCCAUGUGAGGAGUCCAUCUCCUUCUUUAGGCGAAGCCAGACGAUAUAUCCAAAACGUAUCAAAUCGUUUGCUUUAUCGUAUGAACAAAGUCUUCACUCCCAAAAACAACACAAAUUUCUCGGGAAAGUUUGAGGAUGUCAUCCGCCUCAUGCUUCUAGCCACUGGAGUUCUUCGUAUGCGCGAGGUCGACUGGGUUGACUACAAAGAGAGCUGGGAAGACGUGAUUGCCAGAUUUGCUGAGGCCGAACCAAAGUCAUGGGUUGCACUGGAUGCGAUUCAACACAACGAGGAGUUGAAUGAAGAAUACAUCGGUCCUAUGCUUGCCCCUGCGAUUAUGGAGCUCAAGAACUCUCCCUGUAUCACCCAGCAGCAAGCUCUCUACUGGAAGAUCAGGACUCUGCUAUAUGGUCAGCUGGAGGUGCAAGGACAUUGGAUUGACGAUUGA